CAUGAUAUCAUACCACGUGAUCGUGACAGUGACAUCGGGGCAUGUGACGAUGCGGGGAGAAACUGCAGCACUUCCUCCUGCCCUUGAUUAUCGUCUUUAGCAAAACAUGGACUUCCAAAUUGACGCUCUCGCCACGGCCAACAACUGGGUCCACGGCGCGCCGACACGGCCAUUUACCGGCAUUGUGAGCCUAUACAUGGCCGAUCAGCUGUCCGCAGAAACGGCCGCGCGGGAAAUUGUCAGUGUGAUCAACGAGUUGUACUAUGGCGGAGACAGCGAGCUAGUCGAGGAGAAUCUCGUCGAUCUGUGGCGAACAAUCACGCAUACUUCUAAGACCCUCGCGCGAUCGAUAUGUAUGCGAGAGCCGGUUUCGACUGAACAAAAGCCGUCAUUGAUCAAUAACUCCUCACCACAUACCGCUCCUACAGUCACGCAAUGCGACUUGCAACCCGACAGGCCGUACUACCCGCCCACCCCGGCGCAACGUAAACUUCUUACGCUUCUCAAGAUUAUCACGACUUUUCCCACUACGGAUCCCAUGCCCGGCACAAUGGCCGGGAUCAGCCAUCAUCACCACCCGUCUUUGUCGCCCUAUCUCGGCGCCACGGCCUUCUCCUCCUCGUCAUCAUACUAUGAUUCAUCGAGUAGCAGUCACAGCUACUGGGGCGGCACGCACGUUGAUGACGCAGAAACACGAACCAAGUGUAAAAGGGGGAUACGCUGGGCCGCUUUGCCGUUUUUCCGCGAGGUAAUCGCCGAGGUUUUCCAGGAAGAUGCUCCGGGAGAUUGGUUUCAUCGGCCAUCACAAUCACGGCAUACCGCGCCUGCGCCUGCCCGUGAGGAAUCACAUUGCGUAGCACCACAUCCUUCUGCGAGACCACCCGGAACAAGUACACCCAUCGAGCCCUCGCCUUCACUUAAUCCCAGUUACAAGCCUAUUUCCAAGCACUCCAAAAGCCUCCUUCCGAAAGUCGGCUUUGGCGUGUUCGAAAGUGAAGCCUGGCUCAACCUCACCUCGUUCUUAGCGAUCAUGAGCAAAGAAUCCAUCCUCGACGGUCUGGAUGACGUUGCUCUCGUCAUGAUGGGCUCUGUUUUGGGCAGUGAGGGAAAGACUCUCUUCGCACCUACUUCUGGAAUGGCUAGUGGAAUGACCAGCCAUCCCCACGGCCAAAAUGGGAAUCAUUACCCUAAUCUUCAUCAGACCCAACCUGACAGAAACGCGAGUCACACUAUCACCAAACACUGUCUCGAUCUCUAUGUCUCCGCUGCAUCGAUAUGGGCUGUGAUCAUAGGCGACAAUAUCUGGAAGCGCAGAGGAGAAGACGCGGGGAACGAGUUCGUGGUCGGGCUGACUUUGGACGUUGAUGAUGCCGAGGAUGGUGUAUCAGCUAUGUCGAGGGCGACCGCCUCCCAGGCAUUAGGGGCCGGUCCAAGAGAUGCUACUUCGACCGAAUCAUGCUUAUCAAACACAACCGCAAGAACCAAGGCCAAAGCCGAAGAGCAAACCCCGAGAGAAGACGGCAGGACCGCGAUUUCCCGCCGGACCUGGGACGCGUGGACUGGGCGUCUCCGAGCUGUCAGCUGUCGCGAGGAUCUAGCAGCAUCGACCAGAUUCAUUGCUGCGGAGGCGGCAGAUGUGAUGUUCAGGGCAUGUUCAAAGUCGGAUGUAUAAUCUAGUCAAAAGACGGGAUAUAA